ACACUUUGCCGCGUGCUCUUUCUCGGUUACAAGUUCCUUCGUCUUUCACAGGAAGAAAGGGCACAAUAUUGAAACCUCUUACCCAAGAAACAUUUUUUUAAUUAAAUUUUGGGAAUAGUAAAUCCACCACUAUAAAUGCGACCUUCUCUUUGGAGAAUCCGAAUUCGCCAACAAAGAUUGAACUCUGAGUGCCCGCUUACUCCUUCCACCUUCCCCGGGGUUCACUGCGCCGAUGAAGUUUCUUCCGAUUGUAAAGGGAUCGUCAUCCAUCGAGUGCCAUUAUCCCUGCAUGAUCCGGGGAAGGCUUUGGCGUUCUUGGAAUUUCUUUCGCCAUUGGACUUGACCUGACCCCAAUUACAAUUAGGGUUAUAUUUUCAUUCACUCUCUACUCAAUUUUCCUUUCGAAGUCCUCGCUCCUCUUUUCUUCCCAUCGACCUGUUUCUUUUUCUUCCAUUGCUUUGGUUGCUUCACAACCCGCUUACUAUUUCGCUUUUUCAUUUUCAUUUCUUAUUAUUUUUGUUUUUCUCUGGAUGGCCCGAAGAAAUUCGACUCCAGGGUUUCGGUUCCGUCCCACCGACGUUGAGUUGAUUGAGUUUUUUCUGAAGAGGAAGGUUCGGGGCAAGAAAAUUCCUAGCGGAAUAAUCGCUGAGCUUGACUUGUACAAGUAUGCUCCGUGGGAUCUUCCAGAUAAAUCUGCGCUUCAGAGUGGGGAUUUGCAGUGGUACUUCUUUUGCCCGCAGGGGAAGAAGUAUUUGAGUGGAGGGAGGAUGAAUCGGUCGACGGAGGCUGGGUACUGGAAGACUACUGGGAAGGAUAGAGCGGUUGAACACAAGAAUCGAGUUGUGGGGAUGAUUAAAACUCUGGUUUUUCACACAGGUAGAGCCCCUAAGGGAAAUCGAACUGAUUGGGUUAUGCAUGAAUUCAGGCUCGAUGACAAGGAGAUGGUUGACGAAGGCAUUUCGCAGCUAAUCUACAAGGAUACAGUGCCUUCUAUGGAAUUCAAACUCAAUCAUGAGAAACAAUUUUCUCAAGCUCCCAAAAUCAUAAAGGACUCCUAUGUAAUUUGUAGGAUAUUCCAAAAAGAAGGUCCUGGUCCUAGGAAUGGUGCACAAUAUGGUAAACCAUAUGAUGAGAAAGAGUGGGAUACAGAUGAGGAAAUUGACUCUGUGGAAUCUGACCGUGUUGCUUCUGUGUCUACACCUGUUCCCAUACAAUCCAGUGAAAUUCAUAUUUCUAUUGCAAAAGACAUCCAUCCCUCUACAAGUGGAUGUGCUGGAUUGACCUCUGUAUCAUGUGUAUCAGAAUUGAUGCCUUCUUGCACAGAACAUCAUGCGAUUCCUAACAACAAUCAAGUUGUCUCUGUAUCAUGUGUAUCAGAAUUGAUGCCCUCUUGCUCAGCAAUACCUUCUUCUCCUAACGAUGCGUUGGGUUCUGUAUCACAUCUAUCAAAAUUGGCACCCUCUUGUUCAGCAGUUCCUUUUGCUCCAAACGAUGAUGUUGACUCUGUAUCAUGUGUAUCAAAAUUGAUGCCCUCUAGCUCAGCAGUUUCUUUUGGUUCAAACAAUGAAGUUGACUCUAUAUCGUGUGUUUCAAAAUUGAUGCUCUCUUGCUUGCCACUUGCUUUGGCUCCAAACAAUGUAGUUGAGGCAUCAUCAUCUGUACCAGAAUUGAUGCCCUCUUGCACGACACUUCCUUCAGCUUCAUGUCCAAACCAUCAAGAUGAUGAUAACGUUUUAUCUUCGCUAGAUUAUUUGAAAGAAGAUGAUGGCACAAUGGCUGUGAAUGCAAACAAUGGAAUUGAGAAGGUUGAUCCUGAUCAGGCGAGCAAUGCUGAAUGCGCACCAUGUUUGGAUCUAAAUGUGAUUUUUGAGAACUUAGGAGACCUUGACAGCUGGGUUGGAUUGGGUGAAGGAAGUUUAUCCUCUGGCCAGAAAAAUGGACUUUCUACAAGCGAUAUGUUUUAUACAGGUGUUGAUGAUAUCUUCAGGUCUUGGGAAUCCCAGGACUUUUUGGAGUUGAUGGACCUAGCGGGGCCACAGCCCUGGCAGAAUAAGCAUGGAAGUUCUGGCGAAGAUAACAAGUGAAGGUUAGAAAAUUGAUAUAAAUAUAGCCACAAAUAACUAAUGUGGACUAGAAAAAGCUACGAUCCUCUUGUUGUUCAUUAAAAACUACCAUGACCAGUUAUGCCUAUUUAAACAUUAGUUUCUGGAAUUACUUAUCAUAAUUUGUACUGAUAGGAAUGUUGAUUAAAAUCUAGUGGUGUUCGGUCAGUUGUUAUAUUUGAUAUUUGAUAUUUGAUUAAAAUCUAAUUAUGCUGCAA